AUGUCCGACACAGCAGAAGAGAAUGGCCUUACGAGGUUUCUUAUGAAGGUGAAGGAAAAUCUGGAUACCAGCCAGUCAGAAGCUCAAACUGAGACCGAACCCAUUGAAUUUAAGUACACUUUUGAUUAUAAGCCUGAAUUCAGCAGUGGCAAGGUGGUCUAUUCACGGAACGAAUUGCUUGCUAUUCGCGAGCAAGUUGCAGAGGAAGACGUGACCAAUCUAGCUUCUGAAUUGCCUAACAAGAAGUUUUGGAGAUUACCCGUUCCAGGAUCCAACGUCGGUGGUAGGAAGGGAUCCAACACCAGAGGUAACCAUGAUGAUAAGUUUGGCGGAAAGGACAGAGGUGCCCAGAGUGGUAGCAGAAAUGCCAGGAACAAUAGAAAUAGCAAGCGUCAAGGUGGUAAAAAGGCUGGGAAGGAGAGCAACGAAGAAUACAUUGCUUUGGAAGAACAGAUGGAAUCUACAGGGAAUCCAAUGGCAGAUUUUGAGAAUUGGAGAAACAAAAUGAAGGAACUGGAGCGUCAAAAAAGAGGGUUGGACUCUGAUGCGGGCAAAGAUUCGGAUUCUCCUGCAGGAUUGCCAGCUCAAAGUUUCAGCUCCAUAUCCGAUUUCUUCAAUUUAAAGCCGGAUGACCAAAAGAGUGCUCCAUUGGAAGAGCUUGAGCCAGCGGACUCGUCGGAAGACGUUUCGAAACAAACAUUUGAAAAACAAGAUAGAGAUUCCCAAGAUGUUCAACACGGCAGUCAAGGCCAAGGCAUAAGCAAGAGCAAUUCUUCCAGAUUCUCCUCGUUCUUCCAAGGUGGUAAUUCUCCGGAUGCCAGUGAUAACCGUCCUAUCGCGAAGCCUCCAAGUCAAUCUUCGGAAGAUAGCAGACCAGCUGCGGGAUCCAGGCUACUCUCUCUAUUCAAUACUGACUCACCAUCUUCAGAUUCGGUAGUUCAACACCAACAACCUGAAAAGCCCAUGGUAAACAAUCCACCUGGUCUUACUCAACAGUCUUCUACCACAUCAUUGUCGUCGGUCGCUUCUUCGAAUCAUUCCCAACCUCACUCAGGUCCUCGUGCUGCGAAAGAUAAUGAUGUCAAUGGCAGCGUGUUUUUGAAGAGUUUAAUGACUAAAGGCAGUGAAAAUAUGAUGCAACAGCCCUUAGUCUCUGCCCCUCCGGGCCUUUCCCAAAAUCAAUCUCAGAUACCUAACAUCACACAGCAGCAGCAGCAGCAGCAGCAGCAGCAGCAGCAUCAGCAACAGCAACAACAGCAACAACAGCAACACAUUCAGCGCCCACAUCAACAGCAGCAGCAGCAACCUCAACAACGCAAACUUCAACAAAUUCAUCAACAACACAGCCAGCAUGCUCAUCCUGCUCAGCAGCAGCAACAUGGUAAACCACCACAAAACAUUGCUCAAUCAGGUGCUCCAAUGCAGGCACCUCCAGGAUUCCCAGUUGGGAUGCCACCACAUAUGAUGGCCCCUCCUAUGGGAAUGCCUCCACAGCACUUCCAAGGUGGCUAUGCUAUGCCUCCUCCACCGCCACCUGGAAUGGGACAGCCACGUAUAAUGAGCAACGGUAAAGGAUUCCCCGAACACUUGGGUAACCCACAACAGCAGCCUCCUAGCGCUCCAAAACAGCCAGCAAGUAAAGUUGGUCCGCAAGGUCAAGUUCCUUCACAAGGCCAUCCUCAAUCCCACCCACAACAACCUUAUAUGAUGUCAGGUAUGCCAAUGAACUUCAAUGGGCAAAAUGUUCCAAUUCCAGCUCAAGGUAUCCCACCAAAUGCAUUCCCAUAUGGCCAUCCAAUGAUGGCUCUACAGUUUCAACAACAACAACAGCAGCAGCAGCAACAACAAUACCCGCAGCAACAACAACACCCGCAGCAACCGCGCCAAACAAAUCCGCGCCAAUAA